AUGGUGAAGUCUGUGUUGAUGCUGAUGUUGCUUCCUCAUGUGGCAUGCAAACUACAUCCAAUGAAGUGCACUGGGGAUAACCCUCUUCAGAUCCCUCACCAGUGGUACCAGCCAGGUGAAAUUCUUAUUGGUGAGAUUGCAACUCAUAUUGCUUUCCUGUCCCAUGAUACUUCUUUCACAAAACACCCAUCUGAGGACUUUAUUCCCCUGUCAGGUGUGAUGAGCAAGUUUUACCAGCACAUUCUGGCCUUAGUGUUUGCUAUCGAAGAAAUCAAUCAGAACCCUGACAUCUUGCCCAAUGUCACCCUGGGCUUCUACAUCUAUGACAGCUACAUGAAUAAAAAAUGGACUUAUCGGACCAUUCUUGACCUGCUCUUCCAAUCAGAUGGCUUUUCCCCCAACUUCAAGUGUGGCAUCCAAAAAUAUGUCAUUGGGGUCAUUGGAGGGCUUGGCUUUGAAACAUCCUCCUACAUGGCUGACAUUUUAAGUAUUUACAAGAUACCACAGUUGCACCCAUUUCUUCAGAGGAUUUCAUUCAACAACAGUGCUGGAGAUAAAAUUGUGUUCAAUGAUAAUGGAAGAUUGGUAGCUGGGUUUGACUUGACCAACUUGGUAACUUUCCCAAAUAACUCCUAUAUCCGAGUCAAAGUUGGGAAGCUGGAUUCUCAGAGUCUUCCAGGAAAAGAGCUCACCAUUCAUGAGGACAGAAUUGAGUGGCACGGGGACCUCAGUCAGACGCCUCCCUUUUCUCUGUGUAAUGACAAGUGCUACCCUGGCAAUAGCAGAAAAAUGAAGGAGGGAGAGAAAUCUUGCUGUUAUGAUUGUGUUCUGUGUCCAGAAGGGAAGAUGUCGGACCAAGAAGAUAUGGAUUCUUGUAUCACUUGCUCAGAGGGUUACUUUCCAAACAAAUUCCAAGAUCAAUGCAUGCCCAAGCUUCCAAGUUUCCUUUCCUUUGAAGAUCCUUUGAGCAUUGUUUUAGCAUUUAUGGCUCUUUUCUUUUCUCUGAUCACAGCUAUGGUGCUUGCAAUUUUCAUCAAGUAUCAGGACACCCCCAUAGUCAAAGCCAACAACCGGAGCCUCACAUACAUUCUUCUUGUCUCCCUUUUCCUUUGCUUCUUCUGCUCUCUGCUCUUCAUUGGACAGCCUAACCAGGUGACCUGCCUCCUCCGACAAACAGCUUUUGGCAUCAUCUUCUCUGUUGCGGUAUCUUCUGUGUUAGCAAAAACCAUCAUAGUGGUGGUGGUCUUCAUGGCUUCCAAGCCAGGGAACAUUUUCCAGAAGUGGGUAGGGAAAAAGUUGGCUCAUUUUACUGUUCUUUUCUGUUCCUCAGUGCAAAUAGGCAUUUGUGGCCUAUGGUUGGGUAUUUCUCCUCCAUUCCCAGAUUUGGACAUGCAUUCACUGACUGCAGAAAUCAUAGUACAGUGCAACGAAGGCUCAGUCACCCUGUUUUAUUGUGUCUUUGGCUAUCUGGGCUUCCUGGCCAUUGUCUGCUUCACUGUGGCUUUCCUAGCAAGAAAAUUGCCUGACACUUUUAAUGAAGCCAAGUUCAUUACCUUCAGCAUGCUGGUCUUCUGCAGUGUAUGGCUUUCCUUUUUUCCAACUUACUUGAGUACAAGAGGGAAAGAUAUGGUGAUUGUGGAGAUUUUCUCCAUCUUGGCUUCCAGUGCUGGGUUAUUGGGCUGCCUCUUUCUGCCCAAAUGGUACAUCUUAAUAGUGAGGCCUGUGAUGAACAAAAGAGAACAUUUGAUAAGAAAACAAAUUAAAGACUCUAAAAAUUAA